AUGAAUGGCGAAUCCAAUUGGAUUGAAAACACGACGACUGUGGAAAUUCCCGACUACUUGGAACGGACUCUCAUGUUGGGACCAAAUUUCAACGUGGAGAACAACAGAAACCUUCCGUACAUCGAGCUUGUGGCAAGUAUUGAGAAAAGUAUCCAGAACAAAGAAAACGCGGACGAGAUAAGGUCGGAUGUUUCCAAUGCGAUGAUCAACCACAUCAACUAUCAUCGACAGCCCCGUCACCAUCCGGAGGAAUGGAUCCAACAGGAUGUCAUCAAAAGCCGAAAGUACCUGAAGGAAAACCCGAAUCUGGUGAUCACACGAGCGGAUAAGGGCAGUAAAACGGUCAUCAUGGAGACGGAAGAAUACCACGGGAAGAUGAAAACCCUUCUCGAUGACGAAAACACGUACAAGAAGUUACGGACAAAUCCUACGAACAAGAUCGUCAAGAAAAUCAACGGUAUCAUCGAUGAAUGGCGUAGAAAGGAAUAUAUCGACUUCCGAACCCAAAGAAGAUUGAAAGAAUCGAGCUGCAACCCACCUCGGAUCUACGGACUACCGAAAGUACAUAAGGAAAACAGACCACUCCGACCAGUUGUUUCCACUAUAGGAUCGGCAACCUACAACAUAGCCGGAUACCUGUCGGACAUAAUAGGAAAUGUAGUCGGAAAAACGGAUUUCCACGUCCGCAACAGUUUCGAUUUCGCGAACGAAAUAACAGGAGUGCAGACAGAGGAAGGAGAGGAGCUGUUUUCCCUGGACGUGGUAUCGCUGUACACAAAUGUACCAGUGGACUACGCUCUGAUGUGCCUAGAGGAACGAUGGACCGAGCUAGAAACCCACACAAAAAUAGACAAGGAAAGCUUUAUGAAGACGGUAAAGGUAGUACUCGAGUCAACCUUCUUCGUAUACCAAGGUACGAUAUAUGGACAGACGUACGGAGUCCCGAUGGGAUCGCCACUAUCCCCGGUAAUCGCCAACGUAGUGAUGGAGAAACUGGAACAGGAGUGCAUAAAGAACCUGGAGGCGAAACAAAUACGAAUGAGGGUGUACAAACGGUAUGUAGAUGAUUGCAUGUGUGUCGCGAGAAGGGAACACAUUCAAACGAUCGUAGACACGUUCAACAAUUUCCACGAUCGUCUACAGUUUACAGUAGAACAUGAAGUGGGCGGGAAAAUGAAAUUCUUGGACAUGAUGUUAGAACGUGCCGAGAACAAAAUUACUACGUCGUGGCUUCCCAAACAACCCGAUGGUAGGUAG